AUGGGUGGUGAUAAUUCAUCAAUUGACAGCCAACAGGGUCUAGACUCGGAACAGGAUAAAGCUAAAGCUUCUCAUGAUCUUUCGGCAAACAACACCAAUAGCAAUGAAAUUCAAGAAAGUUCUGGACAACCUCAAGCAACAAACGAAUCAUUACAACAAUCAUCACCUAAUAGCGGAGAUCAACCAGAUGCAAGUCUCAAAAGACAAGAGACUGAUGAGAACAAAUUAAUAUUAAACAAAGCUGAAGAUGAUUAUGCAGCAAAGGUUGAUGCGACUGCUGACGAGCUGAUUCACGAGGAUCCUCACACCUCGUUCCUACAACCAUCAGCCUCAGAUAAACAGCAGUAUACAACACCGUCAAAGUCCUUACCUCCGCUUAAAGAUCAAGAGCCCAUUGUGACCCCAAAAUUGUUUGAUGUGGCGCCCGAUAAUGAUGAUCAUCGGGCACUUUACAAUUCGACUCAAGAGGUGGCAAGUUCACCAAUUAGAAAUGAUAUUUUGCUGCAUACUCAGGACCAGGAUAGACUUGAAGGAGAUACAAAAGCUAUUUUAAGUAUAUUCUUGUCCAUUGACAAGGACACUUUGAAAGCAAUCAACGAUCAGCAUGUAAUAAGAGCGCUUCUAACAAAAGCUCGCGAGUUUGAAAGAUUACAAAGCCAGAACAAUCAAUUUAGAUCAAAACUAGAGGAGACAUUUACGAAUAGUAGAAGCACAAUCAAUUCCCUUCAACAAAGGUACUCGGAAGCUGACAACUCGUUACUUGCAUUGCGUGACGAGAAUGCAGAAUUAGCUUCAAAGAGCAAAAAACAAGAAGUCAAAGUCAGAGAGUUGGAGCUUUCUAACCAACAAAUGGUAGUACAAGUUAAUGAGUACCAGAGACUUAGUUCCGAAAAAGCGUCAGAGUUGAAGGAAUUAAACGAGAAGCAAAGUUACCAAGAGAUCAAACACAUGGAAAAACUCGAGGAAUUAUCAUCGGCAAAUGUAGCUCAAAGCAAGAAACUAAAUCAAAUAACAAUGGAGUACAACAGGUCGGAAAACGAGAAGUUUGCCAUUAGUUUGCAAUUGACAAAGGCCCAAAACGAGGCCAAUUACUUGAAAGACCAAAAAUUAUGGUACGAGGAACAAUUAAAGUCUGCGCAACUGAAAUACACCGAUUUGUUACAGAAGUACGAGACAGAGCAACUACAAACUGACUCCAAAGUGAAUCGAUUAACAGUAAAGUCAGAAAACCUCGACCAGUUAGUUAAGAGACAUGAGAAAACCAUUGCCGAUCUUGAGGCAUCAUUGAAAUCGGAGUCGAGCAAAAAGUCUGCUACCGAGUCGAAGCUUAGGUCUGUUGAAUCACGCAUUAUAGAGGAAUCCAAUGCCAAUCAAGAUUUGUUGGAAUUGACUAAACUCCAAAGUGACCAACGCGCAGCUCGGAUCGAGCAAUUAGAAGCGUAUUCCGAGGAACUUAAAAGCAGAACGGAUGAAAAUAUAUCAAAGCUUAGGUCAACCAUAUCCUUACAAGAGCAAACAAUUGCUGAAUUGGAAGAAAAACUUGAAAGAAUGGAAUCGGCGUUGAGUGAAGAAUUUGGCGACAAGAAACUAUUACUAGAUUCGGAUGCCAGCACCGACGUAUCAAGAAUUUCAUUGCCCACUUUAUUUUCCGAAUACAACCAUGUGAAGAAACAACUCACUGUCGAAAGAAUACAAAGAGAGAAAUUGGAGAAGGAGUUGGAGAGUUUUGUCAUUGAGCUCGACGCUAGAAAGCCUGCUAUUGCCAACUACAAGGACCAGAUUCAAUUUUAUGAAUCAUUGGUAUCCGAGUUAAAUGAUAAAAUUGAGAGUAUCCAUGCGGAAAAUACAUCACUUGAGAAGGCUUGUAAAAAGCUAAGAUCAAAUGGUGUUGAUUAUGAGAACGAGAUAUCCACUUUGAAACAGGUUGUAAAAGAUUUGGGAAGGCAGAUAUGCUACCUCCUCAUACACUCACAUAUUAGAGACAACAACGACGACCCCCUUGCUCUUGGUGAGCGCAGCAAGAUUGAGAAAAUUUUAGACCGUACAGGCAAUUUUGAUGACUCGCUCGAGUCAGACGCUGACAAGGUAGUAUCAGAAAGGUUGUUAACUUUCAGAGACAUUAUUGAGCUUCGACAAAAAAACCAAGAUUUGGUCACUUCAGUAAGGCAGUUGACAAAGAAGUUGGAAAGCUCAGAGGAGGAUAGUAAUAGCGCAAAAGCUGUGGAGGAGGCUCAAGAGGCGAUAAUGACUUUGGAUAGUGAGUUGGAGAGCGUUAAUGCACAACUUCAAGCCGCUACUAGAGAACGAGACGCCCUUCGAAAACUCAAUAACAAAAUGGCAGACGGAGUGGCUGGAACCAACAAUUCCGUGCCUGACUUGGAGCUAAAUAGAAAGAUUGAGGAGUAUGAGUCUGUAAUCAAGAAAAUGAAGCAUGAGUCUUCAGAGACAAUAAACAAGGUCAGAGAGGAGUUGAAGAAGGCGCUAGAGAGCAACAAUGAACUCGCGAUACAACUUUCUGUUGCAAACAAAUCAAUCGAGUUGACAGAAAUGAAGUUGUCCACUACUCAGAAAUCUAUUGAUUUGGCAAUCGCUGAGAAAAAUCAAGUGAAAUCAGAGAUGGAGUUUUGGAAUAAACAAGCACAAAAAUUGGAAGAUCAAGUGGGACAAAAAUCGCAAGAUCUUCGCGAUUUGCAAUCAAGGGUGGAGCAGAAUAAUACAUCAUUGGUCACUUUACAGCACGAAAAGGAUUUUGCAAAUCGAAUGCAGUUGUCGCUUAAUAAUGAGCUCUCAUCAUUGAGGGACGACAAGGUUAAGUUGAAUGAAUUAGUGGUGAAUUUACAAUCGAUGUUAAGAGAACGUGACGAAUCUAUCAAAGAGAUUACAGCCAAGUUUAAUGAUUCUACCGAGGCGUCGCAGAACUUACAAAGAAAGCUCAAUGAAAGAGAGGAAAGGCUCCAGAUAUUGUCUCAUCAAUCGGAAAAGACAUUUAAAGCACAAAAUAGCAAGUUGGAACAGAUAAAUGACUUAAGCUUGCAGUUGCUACAUUUGAAGAAUGAAGCUUCAGAGAAAGAUAAGCGUAUAGUGGACUUGAGUGCUAGGUUAAAGGAUGCAACGCUCAAUGCAUAUAGUAAACCAGAAGUUAAACAAUUGCAAGAUGAUUUGAGAACUACAGGAGAUCGCCUCGUGGAAUUAACAAAGUUGGUGAAUGAUAAGGAAGCAUCCAUAGCUGAAAAGACGAAAUUAUUAAAUGAAGAAAAAGCUUCAUGGGAGACAAAAUACAACGAAAUUGUGAAGGAAAUGAAAAAUGCAGAAGAGGAAAUUGCAAAAUUAAAAGAAAAAAAUGACGUCAAAGCCAAAGAGUUGGAAGAAGCAAGAGGAAAAUUUGUGGCUGAUUUUAAUGCGUUACAAGAGAAAUUUGCAGAGGUUGAAACUAAAGCGGAAAAAUUUGAUAGUUUGGACAAGAUUUAUGAAGAUAGACUUAAUGAUGCGAAUGAAAAGCUCGAGAAGGAAAAGAAGACGGUUAUUGAUUUGCAAAAUAAAGCUGACGUUCAGGCUGAAAACAAUUCAGCAUUGGUUGAGGAAAUUCAAAGCAUAAAGGAGACAGUAUCAGACAACAAUUACACCAUAGCACAACUAAGAAAGGAAAAGGAUGUAAUUAACAAGAAACUACAAGAUCUAGAAGGAGAACUAAGUGUGAGCAGGUUGGAGUUGGAGAAUGAAAAGAAUAAUUCAAAGACAAAGCAUGCCGAGUUGGAGGAUCAAAAUAGACUUUUGCUUGAUCGUUUAGAAUUGGGUGGUGUAUCAGAAAAUAACGAAGAUAGUGGAUCAAAUGAUGUCAAACAGAUUAUCGAGUAUCUUCGUCGUGAAAAGGAGGGAAGUGAUGCUAAGUUGGCCACCGUCGAAGAAGAAAAUUCCAGCCUCAGGGUUAAAUUGGAGAGUUUGCAAAAUGAGAUUUCAACCCUUCAGUCACUCAAGAAUAAUUCCAGUGUGUUGGAUAUGAACAACAAUGAGAAAGAGCAGAGUCAACUUUCAAGCCAAUUGCUGCAAAUCAAUCAGUUAAUGGAGAAUACCAACAACCUAAAAUACGAAAUUAAGAGGAAGGAUACUGAGCUUGCACAUUUGAGAUCUGAGUUUGCUAGGAUCAAAUCUGAGUUAGACAAUGCUAAACAAAACUCGCAAACGCAAAUAACAGAAACAGGAAUUAACCAACAAAAAUUGCGCUUGCUCGAGGAAGAGAAUGCACGCCUCAAGACGAUAUCAUCGAAUGUAGCUCCUAAAGUGGAGGAGUCCAAGGGUCCACCGCCAGAAAUCAUCAGAAUGCAAGAGCAAAUGGAUAAAUUGAAAAACAAAGCUAAUGACAGGAUUAAGACAUUGAAGCAGGAACAUGCUGCCAGAGAAAAAGAAAUCAAUGACACCAAGGACUCGGAGUUGAAACAGUUGAAGGAGAAAAUAGAAUCGUUGCUGGGCAAUCAAUCUUCCUCUGGUUCUCCAGAUGGAAAAUUACAACAGAAGGUUGAGGAGUUGAAUAAGCAGCUUAACGCCAUAAAGGAGGAAAAUAAUGGAUUGAUACGUGAAAAGAAUGAAUUGGUUAAGAAGUUGUUCACUUUGGAAGCCACUUUCAAGACUCAAUUUAACAAAGAGAAGGAGGAGUUGCGCAAGUCACUGGAAUCUUCAAACACGAACGGAUCAACAGAUGCUACGAAAGCCAAGUACGAGCAACUCCAGCAACUUUUAGAAAAAACCAAGAGCGAGGUUCAACAGAAGAUUGAUGAGGAAAAGGCAAAGACAGCACAAGAGGUUGAGAGGAAGUUUGAGUUCAAGAUGAAAAUGUUGACGAGAAAAGUUGAAAAGUUUGAGUCAGAGUCACAAGCAAAGAAGCAAUCACAAGCAUCGAGUUCAGUGAAGCCUGCACCUCAGUCUGUAUCACAACUGGUGACUCAACCGGCAUCGCAAGCAGUGACAGCAGCGACACAAGUGGCAGCGGCAGCAGCACAACCACAAGUGAGAGGCUUCCUGAAAAGUACGGCUUUCGGUCAACCUGUUAAGACUCCACAGCCACAAGGAGCAAAACAGGCUCAGCCACAAGCAUUUUUCCAGACGCAGUUACGUCAAGCGUCUGCACAGCAACCAACUCAUCAAUCUGUAUCCCCACAAACUAGUUCGUCAGUGGCAGUAAGUGCCACAACGCAGCCAUUGACAACCACCCCAACAGUUCAGCCUAGUGUACAAAGAUUGCAACCGGUUAACACGAGUGUUGCAUCAGGUAAACUGGAACCAACAGAAAAACCAAAGAUUGCCACUGAAACGAAAAGCACAAAACCGGUUGUUCCUGUUACAGAAGUGAGUAAAAGCACACCAGCUCAAACGGCAACCCAAGCACCAGUUGCCGCACCAUCUCAAGUGCUAGCUCAAAAGGUCCCAUCGAAGGAUACCUCUAGCUUGCCUGAAUCGACCCCAUCAGUGGUAAAGUCACAACCUGCUUUGCAAGCCACUCCCCAAACUUUCGGGGCACAACCGCAAGUGACAUCACCACAAUUACUGAGCAGCACCCCCACUACACAACUGGCAACAACCACACCGGUAGUAAAGCCUGCUCCUAAAAAGGUAUCAGUUGUCUCCUCCAUCGCUCCUGGUAAAGAAUCUACAUUGGCUGUCAAACGGCCUGCAAUAGCAAGAACUGAGCCAAGAAAUCCUAAGACGCCUGAAGAGCUAAAAAGUGUUUCUCCAAGCAAUGAGCGCAAGAGAUCUUUUCAAGAUGAAAGACCAAAAGUGAAAAAGACGAGACAGGAGUAA